AUGAAUACUACCAUGGACCCGUCAGUAAUAGGUAGUGAAGAGAAUAAAUCAUCCUUACCUCAUACAACAACUCAUCCUUACCUCAGACAAAAAGUCAUCCUUACCUCAGUCAUUAACUCAUCCUUACCUCAGUCAUUGACUCAUCCUUACCUCAGUCAUAGACUCAUCCUUACCUCAGUCAUAGACUCAUCCUUACCUCAGACAAAAAGUCAUCCUUACCUCAGUCAUAGACUCAUCCUUACCUCAGACAAAAAGUCAUCCUUACCUCAGUCAUUGACUCAUCCUUACCUCAGUCAUUGA